GUGAACCAUUGCGCAUGAUGAGAGGGGGUAGCAUUCCUUCCAGCCAAUAAACGACGUGCUUUUUUGCGUGGCGGCAGUUUGAACGGUCAAACAAAUCAUAACCCAACCUAAUCUUAAAGAGGUAUCCGCAAAAAAGCACGGCUCUUAUUGGACGGAUCGUCCCCACUACUUGCAGGCUACUGCGCAUCCACGGGAAUGGGUCACCUUGUAUACUUCCACCAUGGAUCGCGCGAUGCUGCGCUAGUGUUCACAUUUCGCUUCGAGCGUCAAUGUAAGUAGACGCCGUUUCUUCACCCAGGGGCUCGUCGAUUCGCCAGAGAUCCAUGACAAUGAGCUCGUCGAUAUCCAUGAGCAACGCCGGACCGCCGGCCACCGCCACUGGUAUGGAGACGGUGGUGGCGGCCGCCUUGGGCGCGCUCGCCGCGGUCUUCCUCGGCGCCCUCCUGGUGCUCCUCGUCAUCUGCCGCAGACAACGCUGCUACUACAAUCAGAAGGACUCCGCGGAGCUGACCUCCGACCUGCUUGAGGCAGAGAACAUCACUGGCUUGGGACUGGACGUGUGGGAGAGCCAAGAGUGGCUGGCAGGUGCUGAGAGAUGGGUGGACGAUGCCACUGGCUUGGCUCCGCCUUGCAUAGCGGUGCUCCGUUCGUGUCACGCUCUCACGGCCAGUCUCACCACUAUCGCCGGAACUGUCAACAGCAAUACUGUCCCGCUGGAGAUAGUGGAUGUCGCCCGACGUAUUCCGCCUCGCGUAGACGACGUCGUUCGUAGUCUGUACCCGCCGUUGGACGCCAGACUGUUGGAGGCCAGGGUGGCGGCUCUGGUGCUGGCUGUGACCCACUUGGCGCUGGUGACCAAGCACGGCGUGCCCAAGAGCCAAGCCAGGAAACUGGCGUUCAUCGAUCAAGCGCUGAACGACAUGGACACGCAUCUGCUGGUGCUGAGAAACGCAGCGCUAGCCCAGGAGGUGGCCUGCUCCAUCCCGGCCUCCACGCCAGUUUGACUUCGGUCGAUCUCGCGGUUGGAAAUCAAAUCUCUCUCUUGCCACAGUAUUUGUGUUUAUCUGAUUCUCUCUCCAGUAGCUUAUCACGGUUUUGCUCUCGUCGCAAUAAUGUCGCACCGACGGCAACGGGGGCUCUGCACAAUACGGUCGCCAAAUUUGUAAAUAUACCGUAAAUUUCGAGCCGUGCAUCGGGCAGCAAGCGCGCGAAAAUAGAUGGUCGCUGAUCUCAAGGCACAAAAUGAACUGAAGUUCGAUAUCGCUGACGAGGAAAAAGAACUCGUCAAUGCUUUAUGUCAAUUACUAAAAGAAUGCGUAUAAAUAUAUUAGGUACAUGUAUUAUAGAGAGCACACGUGUCGAAAGUAUCGUGAGGGAUAUAUUUUAAUAGUAGUCUUUAAAACGCGGUGAAAAUUCGCCAAGACACCUCUCGACACUAUUUUGCAAUACACAGAAAUAUAUGAAAAUGACGUCUUCCAUGUUAUAUUAUCAUAGUUAUUUAUAUACGUACACGGAUAAAAAUGUAUUUUGGGACUAUAUAAUCGAUCGUACCUGCAUAUGUUUGUACACGUUACAAUAUUUUAUAUUCCUGAAGAUAAUCAAAUUGUUUUAUAGAUUAGUAGUAGGAAUUUAUAAUAAAGUUGAUCGUCAAAAGAGAAA